GCCAGGCGGGAGGCGGCAGCGGUUGGAGGCUUCGCGGGGCUUUGCAGCUGGGACUUCGGCGGGCGGCGGCGGCAGCGGCGGCGGCGGCGGCGGCGGCGCCUCGGGCACCCGGGCUCUGACACCAUGCGGCGAGUGGUGCGGCAGAGCAAGUUCCGGCACGUCUUUGGACAGGCAGUGAAAAACGACCAGUGCUAUGACGACAUCCGCGUCUCCCGAGUGACCUGGGACAGUUCCUUUUGUGCCGUCAACCCCAGAUUUGUCGCCAUCAUCAUAGAAGCGAGUGGGGGAGGAGCCUUCCUGGUGCUCCCUCUGCACAAGACGGGGCGAAUUGACAAAUCCUACCCCACAGUAUGUGGCCACACAGGACCAGUGCUGGACAUAGACUGGUGUCCACACAACGAUCAGGUUAUUGCCAGCGGCUCAGAGGACUGCACCGUUAUGGUUUGGCAGAUCCCAGAAAAUGGACUGACCCUUUCCCUGACCGAACCUGUGGUGAUUUUAGAAGGUCACUCGAAAAGAGUUGGCAUCGUCGCCUGGCAUCCGACAGCCCGCAACGUGCUUCUUAGCGCAGGAUGCGAUAACGCCAUUAUCAUCUGGAACGUGGGCACGGGGGAGGCCCUCAUCAACUUGGACGAUAUGCAUUCAGAUAUGAUUUACAACGUGAGCUGGAACCGCAACGGUAGCCUCAUUUGUACCGCAUCCAAAGACAAGAAAGUGAGAGUCAUCGACCCCAGGAAACAGGAGAUCGUGGCGGAGAAGGAGAAAGCACACGAGGGAGCCCGGCCCAUGCGCGCCAUCUUCCUGGCCGACGGCAAUGUCUUCACUACUGGCUUUAGCCGCAUGAGUGAGCGGCAGUUGGCACUCUGGAACCCGAAAAACAUGCAGGAACCAAUCGCUCUUCAUGAGAUGGACACUAGCAACGGGGUGCUGCUGCCUUUCUACGACCCAGACACCAGUAUCAUUUACUUGUGCGGGAAGGGUGACAGCAGUAUCCGCUAUUUUGAAAUCACGGAUGAAUCCCCAUAUGUCCACUACCUCAACACAUUCAGCAGCAAGGAGCCUCAGCGAGGGAUGGGCUACAUGUCUAAGCGGGGACUUGAUGUCAACAAAUGUGAGAUCGCUAGGUUCUUCAAGCUCCACGAGAGGAAGUGUGAGCCUAUCAUCAUGACUGUCCCCAGGAAGUCCGACCUCUUCCAAGACGACCUGUACCCUGACACGGCGGGGCCGGAGGCGGCGCUGGAAGCAGAGGAGUGGUUCGAGGGGAAGAACGCCGACCCGGUCCUCAUCUCCCUGAAGCAUGGCUACAUUCCCGGCAAGAACAGGGACCUCAAGGUGGUCAAGAAGAACAUUCUGGACAGCAAGCCGGCCGCAAACAAGAAGGGCGAUCUCAUCAGUGCUCCCAAGAAGACCACAGACACGGCCAGUGUGGUAAGGAGCGUGUGCUGGGACUGGGCUGGGCCUGUGUCCCCUGGAAAGCUCCCUGGUCCAGGCAGUGCCCGGGGGUUGGUGACUCUGGUCUGCUCGGCUAGCCAGCACUGGCUUUGAAAUGCCUGCUGCGCUG